CAAAAAUUCUGAACAGUUGAAGCGCACGCUCAGUGGCGAUAGCAUCGAGAAUCUAUAACACCAUAACACGGGCAUCAUUACAUCAGUUAAUUGUAAUCAGCUUAUCAGUGGCUUUCAGCUAAUAAAGACAUACGAUCGAUCAGAACGUUUUCGACAUUUCGCGAGUGAUAUUCCGUUUAAAACGAAUCGGAGCAAGUGACAAAAGUGCCAGAACAGGAUACUCCACCAAUUAAAGCACACUCGUCAUCUAAGAUGUUUGCAUUCUCUUGGCAACUUUUCUCUGGCCUGAUCCUGGUGGUGAUCCUGGCGGCCAUGACGACGGCAGCUCCCCAGCUGCAGGAGGUGCCACACUCGCUGCUGGACAUCGAGACGCCCAAUCAGUUCAGCUACAGCCCCUCGCCCUUGGCCCAGCCCGAUAGUCUGCGCUCCAAGCCGUACUUUGACUUCCUGAGCACCCUCUACGCCCACGACACGGCCAAGUCGCAGCUCUUCCGGCCAUAUUCCGCCCGCCAGCGCAGGGAUGCGGCUGCCAAGAGGCUGGAGCGUCCGCGGAGGGCCAUCGUCUUUAGGCCACUGUUCGUCUACAAGCAGUCGGAGAUCCGCAAGCAGGAGAUCAAGGACCGGAAUGCCCAGCGACGUCACGAUCUGAACCGCAUUACACGGGUGUAGUUGUGCAGUAUAGCUAUGUACCUAUGCCAUAGGCGAUAUCCUAUAUAUAUCCUCCAGUGUCAACCCGGAAUGUUGGCCUUCUACAGGGUCCUCUAGCACUUAGCCACUUGCACUGUGUCCUAGCCAUAAGUAACUCGCACUGCUGCACGACGAGAGAGCACUCAUCGCUAUAUUAUAUAAUUGUAUACUCCAUUCGCACCAACACACCACCCACAUCCUCGUAGAAUAAGCCCAAAUUGUUUGUUAUGCCACCUGUUGUCGAGACGUUUGAUUAAAGCUAACAAAAAUGAUUUUAA